ACCAAUCUCCAACCACACAGAAUGGACGCAUCUUCUCCUUUCUUCAACUACAUCCAGCAAAACUCCUGGAGCUCAGACUCCGAACUCUACAACAUCUCGUCUCCAGAAACCGUUUCUCCUUCCUCCUACAUGGACUUCUCUCCAUCGGCGCAGGCUCAAAGCGUUUCUCCAAAACCAGAGAUUUCGGGUUCCUCGUUUCAAGAUGGCGGACGGUCCCGUGUUGGAGUUAGAAGAACGAGAUGCAAGAAUCCUAGUAAACAAAGACAAAGCGCCAGUGAGAAGGAGAAGCUGAGAAUGAGGGAUCUGACCAAAGCUCUUCAUCACCUCAGGACAUACUUACCACCUUCUGUAGCUCCCGUUGGCCAAACGUUGACCAAAAUCGAGACACUUCGCCUUACCAUCCGAUAUAUUUCCUAUCUGUCUGCUCAACUUGGCCUCAGCGAAGAGUCUUUGUGUAAGAUGAGAGACUUGAGAGUUUCCGGAUAUCAAGAGAUGCCUCAAAAUCAAUGCUAUUCCACUGCUGGGUUUUGGGGGUCGUGUCAAAACAGCUGCGGAGCUUCAGAGUCUGUGUUGAGGAGGACGGAUAUGGAUUGUCGGCAGGUUUUUAUGGGAAUGGAAACACCGGCUUAUGAUGAUUCCUUUAAUUCCAGCUCAGAAUCUUUUCUGGAGAGUCCACUGUAUGCUGACUCAGCUUUAACAUAUCAGGGCUACAGCAAAAGUGUCCACUGUUCGAUCGCACCGGAGUUCUGGGGAUGA